GAUAAAGGAUUAUCUUAUGAAACCUUUAGCUUUAACUAAGGAAUGCCAAUACAUAAAGAUACAUACUAGUUGCUAUUUUUUUUAUAUAAAAAUAAAUAAAUUAGCUUAGUUUGAGGCUACUUUUUUCAGGACUUCUGGUGGGAUUGGACUGACAAGAAUUACUGGACAUAUUUCAUUGUUGCUGGUUUAGUGGUGCUUGACCAGAUGCCUUUUGCGUUCUCUUAGUUAAUGAGUGCCCCCUGGAUCUUGGACAAAUUAAAGUGUUGAAAGAGUUCCUAAACAAAGCUUUGGCCAUGCAAUGGCUGAAAUCAUGUCUGGAACUUCCCUUUUCUCCCACCCACCACUAUACAUUACUAGUACCACCACCAAGUACAGCCAUAGCCCAUCACCAGACAGACUUAAAUUCUUGAUAGAGAAAUCAAAAAGCAUCAGGCAGCUUGUACAGAUUCAUGCAUUUCUUAUUCGCCAUGGCCUGGAGAGUGACCCAGUCUUGAAUUUUAGGCUCCAACAAUCAUACUCUUCCCUUGGACACCUCAAACACUCUGUUUCUGUCUUUAAGCGUGUUCAGAAUCCAACUGUGUUCUCUUACACCGCCAUUAUCCAUAAUCAUGUGAUCAAUGAUCUCUAUGAACAAGCCUUUGUCUUAUAUAUCCAAAUGCUAACUCAAAAUAUUGAGCCUAAUGCAUUUACGUUUUCUUCCAUCCUUAAAACUUGCCCACUUGAAUCAGGGAAAGCCCUUCAUUCUCAAGCCUUAAAACUGGGGUAUGAAUCUGACACAUACGUUCGAACUGCUCUUGUGGAUGGCUAUGCAAGAGGCAGUGAUAUUGUCUCAGCUCGCAAGCUCUUUGACACUAUGCCCGAAAGGUCUUUGGUGUCUUUGACAGCAAUGAUUACUGGAUAUGCAAAGAAUGGGCAUAUCCAAGAAGCAAAAGUGUUGUUUGAUGGGAUGGAAGACAGGGAUGUUGUUUGUUGGAAUGCCAUGAUUGAUGGGUAUAGCCAACAUGGCAGGCCUAAUGAAGCUUUGGUUCUUUUUAGGCAGAUGUUACUGUCAAAAGUGAAACCUAAUGAAGUAACUGUGGUGGCAGCUCUUUCUGCUUGUGCGCAAAUGGGAGUACUGGAAUCAGGUCGGUGGAUUCAUGCUUAUGUGAAAAGUAACAGAAUUCAAGUAAAUAAACAUGUAGGUACUGCUUUCAUUGACAUGUAUAGCAAGUCUGGGAGUUUAGAGGAUGCAAGAAUGGUGUUUGAUCAGAUGAGAGAUAAGGAUGUCAUAACGUGGAAUUCGAUGAUUGUAGGAUAUGCAAUGCACGGAUUUAGCCUUGAAGCUUUACAGCUGUUCAAUGAGAUGUGUAAGUUGGGUCUCCAUCCUACUGAUAUAACAUUUAUUAGCAUUUUAAGUGCGUGUGCUAAUGCUGGAUUGGUCUCUGAAGGGUGGGAUUAUUUUCACUUAAUGGAGAAGUAUCGGAUUGAGCCAAAGAUUGAACACUAUGGUUGCAUGGUGAAUCUUCUUGGACGAGCUGGACAGCUAGAAGAAGCUUAUGAAUUUGUCAAAAGAAUGAAGAUUGAUUCUGAUCCUAUUUUAUGGGGAACAUUACUAACUGCUUGUAGGAUUCAUGGGGACAUAAGGCUUGCAGAGAAAAUUAUGGAGUUCCUAGUCGAACAGGAUCUUGCUACUUCAGGAACUUAUGUUCUGCUAUCCAAUAUAUAUGCUGCUGCUGGCAAUUGGGAUGAGGUGGCAAAGGUUAGGGCAUUGAUGAAGAGAAGCGGGGUUGACAAGGAACCUGGUUGUAGUUCCAUUGAGGUAAAUCAUAAAGUGCAUGAGUUCCUUGCGGGUGACAUGAAGCAUCCUAAAAGCAAAGAAAUCUACGGAAUGCUGGAGCAGAUGAACAAGUGGCUUGAGGCUCAUGGUCACUUGCCGCAGACUGAUAUAGUCUUGCAUAAUCUUGGGGAAGUUGAGAAGCAGCAAUCACUUGCAGUUCAUAGUGAAAGGUUAGCCAUUGCUUAUGGGCUAAUUAGUACUCAGGCAGGAACUACAAUCAAGAUUGUCAAGAAUCUACGUGUUUGUCCAGAUUGUCAUGCUGUCACCAAGCUCAUUUCAAAAAUCACAGGACGUAAAAUCAUUGUGAGGGACCGGAAUCGCUUUCAUCAUUUUGUGGAUGGUUCAUGUUCUUGUGGUGAUUUCUGGUAGAAUUAUUAGCUUAUAUUAACAAAGGGGCAGGUUUCCUGUAAAGCUCUCUUUUUUGGUUUUGUAAAUUUCUUUUGCUGUUUUGGAUGCAAAUUUCCUUUUCACCUUUUGGGAAGUAUUUGGCUUCUGUUUGUGUUGUAACAUAAUUGAAGAAUGGGAAAAAGAGGAGAACCUUUCAUCAUUCCUCUUAUUUUAAUGAAAGCGUCAAUAUGGAUACAAA